AUGAUUGGCCCGCCCCCUGUGGAACAGACGCUUGAGACUCGCCCGGUGGUCGACCAGCUCGCUGGCCUCGACGCUGACAUGUUGGUCCCUGUUCUCGUCGAGCAGGACCUGCAGCCGCUGCAUGUCCGUCUUGACCGCCGCGUUCAACCUGCACGACACCGUGCGCCCUUCGAGGCCGUGGGCCUCUGGGCAUUGUUGGGGCCGUCUUUCGUGACGAUCUCGUCAUCGUCGUCGCCUGCGCCCUCGCAGCCCGCCCGCAUCGCGGUGUCCAGCUUCGCCGCCGGACAUGUGCAAGCGUUCCUGGCCAUGUUAUUGGCGAGCGGCGCGCGGCAAUUGGCGCCAGCCCCGGACGCGGCGAUGGCUCAGUUCCUCCUCUUUGCUUCUGUGAUACAAUUUUCUGUCGGAUCGGUAACAUCCGCGACGCCAUAUGAUAUGGAUGGGACGCUCGAGAAUCGCUUCAGUGGUUCAGGACGAAGGGGAGGGGGGAUUGAUAACGAGGAUGAGGGCAGCAGAGGUGGAGGGAAAGAUGAGCAGCCUUCGGCGUGCAGCUGCUGGCGUACACGGAUACGAAGCGCGAGCAAGCGGCAUGCUUGUAUUUGUAUGACGCGCACGCCAAGAGCUUUUUCGAGAUGGAGUUGGGAGGAUUGGACGCACGAAUCUUCUUCUGAAGGCAAGUGA